UGGACUAAAUCUUGCACGGUCUAAUCGUUUGGCCCAUUAACCCACUCACAUUUCAAUUAAGUUCCGACUAGCCGUCGCCGUCGCCGUCGCCGGAGAUCGACCCUGAAGAGAUAAUGAAGUUCACUGACUCGCCAGUGAUCGACCUUAAAAUCCUCGAUUCUCAUCUAGCUUUCCAUCAAGACAAUGGAUCUAUGCAUGUCGGCACCAGUGUAUGGCCCUGUUCACUAGUCCUUGUCAAGUUCGCUGAACGGUGGCAUCCUCAAACAUGCGCCGUUACCCCAAAUCCCUAUGCCGAAAUCCUCAACUUUCAGAACAUGCGCGGCGUCGAGCUCGGAGCCGGCUGUGGAGUAGCAGCCAUGGGGCUUUUCUUAUUAGGUCUAAACAACGUCGUUAUCACUGAUAUUGCUCCGGUUAUGCCAGCCCUGAAGCACAAUCUGAAGCGAAACAAGCCUGUUUUGAAGAAGAGUUUGAAGACGGCUCAGUUGAAUUGGUCCAAUCAGGAUCAGAUAAAAUCACUCGGCCCGCCGUUUGAUGUCGUCAUCGCCGCCGAUGUGGUGUACUUGGAGGAGACGGUUGGUCCGUUGCUGUCUGCUAUGGAUGCUUUGGUGGGAGAAAACGGUGUCGUUUUGUUGGGAUACCAGCUGAGAUCUCCUGAGGCGCAUGAGAAGUUCUGGGAGCUUUGUGGAGAGAUGUUUGAUGUCGAAAAGGUUCCACAUGAGCAUUUACAUCCAGAAUACGCCUAUGAGGAGACUGACGUUUAUAUUUUCAGGAAGAAGAAGAAACUAUAGGACCCCCUCCUUCGAAAUUUUGUAAUCUUAACAGAAAGGAUCGUCUAUCUAGUGUCCCAACUGCAGAACACUGGGCAGGAAGAUCGUCUCAGUCAUCACUGCAUGCAUAUCAUUAUAGUCGAAGACCUACAUUUAUAUAUAUGUAUUCUGAGAGAUGGCUAUUCUGCUGCGACAAUAAUUGGAUAGCUAUGGUUAUACCAGGCUUAACGAUAUCUUGAUGCCAAAGGAUACCAAGUACAAUCAUCAACUUUGUAAUAUUUCACUCUUGUGAUGAAAAUGCAUGUCCCAGAGCUCAGGUUUAUACACUAUAUCAACAGAAUUGUUCCUAUGUG